CCUUAUCUUAAUUAGGUCUCUGCUGCUAUAGCACGGAAGAGGCUUAGGAUUGAGGAAGAAAUUGGUUAUAUAAUGGCUUAUGCUGCCACAUUUUCUUUAGUGACACAAGUUCUAGGCUUAACACUUUGUUUGCUCAGUUUAUGCUGCUCUGCCUUCACUCCUCAAGACUACUCAGAUGCUCUUGAGAAGUCCAUCCUCUUCUUUGAGGGCCAGAGGUCCGGGAAAUUGCCGGCGAACCAGCGUGCCACUUGGAGGGCAAAUUCUGGCUUGUCUGAUGGCUCCUCAUACCAUGUGGACCUAGUAGGGGGCUACUAUGAUGCUGGAGAUAAUGUCAAGUUUGGCCUGCCAAUGGCCUUCACAACCACAUUACUUGCAUGGAGUGUCAUUGAGUUUGGUGACUCAAUGCAUAACCAGAUUGAGAAUGCCAAGGAUGCCAUACGUUGGAGCACAGAUUAUCUUCUAAAAGCAGCCACUUCAACCCCUGGAGCCUUAUAUGUCCAAGUGGCAGAUCCAAACGCGGACCACAAGUGCUGGGAGAGGCCUGAAGAUAUGGAUACGCCGCGCAAUGUGUACAAGGUGUCAGCUCAAAAUCCAGGAUCAGAUGUAGCAGCAGAGACUGCUGCUGCAUUGGCUGCAGCUUCCAUGGUGUUCAAAGACUCUGACCCUUCUUACUCUGGAAAAUUGCUUCACACAGCCAUGAAAGUGUUUGAUUUUGCAGACAGGUACAGAGGUUCUUACAGUGACUCUAUAGGCUCAGUGGUCUGCCCUUUUUACUGCUCAUACUCAGGAUACCAUGAUGAGCUUCUGUGGGGUGCUUCAUGGAUCCAUAGAGCCUCUCAGAACAGUUCAUACUUGGCUUACAUCAAGUCCAAUGGCCACAUCUUGGGUGCAGAUGAUGAUGGUUUCUCCUUUAGUUGGGAUGACAAGAGACCUGGAACAAAAGUCCUUCUUUCCAAGAACUUUCUAGAGAAAAACAAUGAGGAAUUCCAGUUAUACAAAGCACAUUCAGACAACUACAUAUGCUCCUUACUUCCUGGAACAUCUAAUUUCCAGGCCCAAUAUACCCCUGGAGGACUUCUCUACAAAGCAAGUGAGAGCAAUCUCCAGUAUGUUACUUCCACAACACUCCUCCUACUCACAUAUGCAAAGUAUCUUAGAACAAAUGGAGGAGUGGCCACAUGUGGCUCCUCAAAAGUCACAGCAGAAGCCCUAAUCUCAGAGGCAAAGAAGCAGGUUGACUACAUACUUGGUGACAACCCAGCAAAGAUUUCAUACAUGGUAGGGUUUGGGAAGAAAUACCCACUACACAUACACCACAGAGGCUCUUCUCUGCCAUCUGUGCAUGAACACCCAGAGCGCAUUAGCUGCAACAAUGGAUUUCAAUAUCUGAAUUCUGGAUCACCCAACCCAAAUGUGCUUGUUGGAGCCAUUGUUGGUGGACCUGAUAGCAAAGACAGCUUCUCUGAUGACAGGAACAACUAUCAGCAAUCUGAGCCAGCCACUUACAUCAAUGCACCAAUUGUUGGGGCUCUUGCUUUCUUCUCUGCCAACACCAACCCAAAUUAGCUCCAACUUCUAUCAACCUCUAAAGUUAAAAAAAAAUUUAGAGGAAAGUAGAUUUGGAGACAAGUGAAGAGCUGUAUGAAUAGCAGAUUGAAAGGUGAAACUUUAGUAUCAUGUUAAUUA